AUGGAGGUGCCAAAAGCCCGGGGAGCUGGCAGGUCGGGCCCGCGUCGACGGACAGGGUGCCUAACAUGCAGGGCCCGUAAGGUCCGGUGCGACGAAACGAAACCAAGCUGCUCCAAUUGCGACCGACUCCGUCUACGAUGUCACUACAAACCCCCUAUCGCACCCGGCGCCGGGUGGGGUUCCUCACCAACUCGCCCAAACGAUACAGCUGCAUCGCCGAGUAACACAUCCACGUUAGAGGGUUCGAGCUCAUCCGCUACAGUCACAACUUCAUCCCGCUCUCCCGACAUCAACUUCUUUAGUACCGUACUCCGCGCAGACGGCCACAAAAUACCAGCACCGACAACCACACUUCGGCAGCUCCCGACAGACCAAGACUCUUAUCCUUCCGAGUUCGACAUGCUGGGAUUUAUGGGAGGGAUCACGUCGGAGCUGGAACAGAAACAAAAACACCUGGAUUUGACGACUGGGAUUGCGAUGGCGUUCACCGCUAGUCCGGCGUCGCAGUCGCUACCCGCGACAUUCAUACCAGGCAUGGAUGAAGGGCUUUUUUCAGCGGACCGUCGGAUUCCACUUACCCCAGAUACUUCAUGUUCACUUAUUGAUGGGACCUCGAUUGGCAGCGCUUCCGACGCAGGCGGUACUUCGUAUGAGGACCAGCUGCUACAGCACUUUCUGACUAUUGACCCACCGGCUACUCUUUUCGCGCCGGUAAACAUCGAGUGGAAGUAUAUGCGGCCAGCGCUGCUGGCCCAUGCACGAGAUUCUGGUCCGCUUUUGAAUGCAUUGUACUGCUAUGCAGAUGUCCAUAAAGCGAUGAUGGAAGGGAAACGAUGGCACUGGGCGCCUACUUUCUAUAGAGUGUCCAGUUCGGAGAUCCAAGCUUGUAUUCAUGGCGAGGUGACCGAUUCCACACUCAUCAAAGUUUUUGGUUCUAUUUUUCUGUUAAUGAUAUCCGAGAUCCUCUCAUCUCCCGAAAUAUGCACGGGAACUUCUUAUAUUCACUCAGGGUACCUCAUUCUACACCGAUUCCAUGAUCGCACUCGACAUUGGACCGGUCUCGGUCACCUCCUGGUGUCAUGGGUCUCGCUGCUAGAUGUCAAAUCCCUGAUUGCAGGCCGAGAUGGCGAUCCUCUCGCUGACCUCGGUACCAUCCCAGAACAUAGCAUACCACUGAAACCAAUAGAUAUACAAAUUUCCCAACCACACCCAACUGCGCCAACAGAUACCUACAAAGAAGAAGACAACAUCGAAGACCCAUUCCGCAGUCCCAGCUACCUCGUCUACGAAUCAAUCGUCGGCCCGGCAUUCCGAUUCUUCGUACAAGCUCAACAAGUCGUCCGACGAAUAGUCUGCAUAGACCUCCACCACCGCAGCCGCGGAACCCUCACAGACGAAUUCGAAGUCCUCCAGCUCGCUCACAAAGUCGGCGCAGACCUCGAAACACUCUGGCACAGACGUCCCUCUGUAAUAGACGUCUACGGACGACCAGAAGCACUAACAGAUAUCCUGUGCGCGCCUGUGGCAUUGGAAAUCUGCCGCACAUUCAGACAAUACGUGGCCAAUUUCUUAGCGAAUUUUAUCUACUUGCAUCGCGUUGCAUUUGCAAUAUACCCACGAACAGACCGCGUCAACGGCGCCGUCGAUCAGAUUAUUCAACUGGCUGCAGUUGACUCGACCGGCCCGGAUCAUCUGCCUGUCAGCUUCCUGUGGCCGCUGUUCAUUGCCGGGCUCGAGGGCACAGAGGACCAGCGCAAGUGGAUUGUCCACGAGAUUCAGCGUAUGGCUGCGGCUCACGAAGCUGACUUGGCUCCUUCGGUCACUCGCCACCCAACUGCUGAUAGGGUCCUCGUGCUCGUGGAUGAGAUGACUCGACGACAGGAUGUAUCGCGCACAUGGGCAGACUCGAAAUGUGUGAGGCGGGAAUUGUUUUCAGACUUUUUCAUUAUAAUUUGA